ACCCGCACGCAGCCUAGCCGAACCCUAACUAACUCUCCAUCUCCCUCAUUAGUCAUUCCUCUGCUUUCCGCCCUUUCCCAACUCUGCCUCUUUCUUCUUGUUUCGCCAUUACACACUCCCUCUCUCUCAAUCUCUCACUAAUUUGUGCUCGCCGACGCCGUUGGUAUCAAAUCUGCCAUGGGCGAUUCGAAUCUUUCGCCGUUUACCAACCAUCAAUUUCCCUCGCCGACGCCACCGACGCCUUCGUCGUCGUCCUCCUCAUCUGCGCAGCUCAAUGUCCCUUCCACGAUGCCACGCCCGUCCCUGAAUCUCGAAACCCUAGCUCCGAUUCCUUCGUUCUCGUCUUCGUCAUCGGAGCACGUCAAGCGCCUAAUUAACUCCAAGCAUUACGUCUCCCCUUCCAAGACUAUCUGUUUCGACAGAUUCAUUCCGAGUAGAUCCGGUUCCAACUUCGAGCUUUUCCACAUCCCCUCUACCCCUUCGCCGUCGUCGGCGGCGGCGGGGUCGAAUGUCUCUACUCCAGGGGGGAAUGAUGGCGGGAAGGAAGAAUCCCCCAGUGCUUACGCUGCACUUCUCCGGGAUGCGCUCUUCGGCACCAAUACGCCAGAUAAGAGGGAAAUCCCGGGGCGGAAUAUCUUCCGGUACAGAACUGAGACGAGGCAGCCCAUGCAGUCGUUUUCCCCAUAUGGGUUUGAUGAUGAAGGGCCUGGAGUUAGCCAGAGCCCCGUCAAGGCUCCAAGAAAGGUGCCCAGAUCGCCUUACAAGGUUUUGGAUGCGCCUGCAUUGCAAGAUGAUUUUUAUUUGAACUUAGUGGACUGGUCCUCGCAGAAUGUGCUAGCGGUUGGGUUGGGAAAUUGUGUGUAUUUGUGGAACGCUUGCAGCAGUAAGGUAACAAAGUUGUGUGAUUUAGGAAUUGAUGACAGUGUUUGCUCAGUAGGGUGGGCACAGCGUGGCACGAAUAAUCUCGCUGUUGGAACGUUUAAUGGGAAAGUCCAGAUUUGGGAUGCAUCUCGUUGCAAGAAAAUUAGGAACAUGGAGGGCCAUCGAUUGCGUGUUGGCGCGUUAGCUUGGAGUUCAUCUGUGCUGUCUUCCGGUAGUCGUGAUAAGAGUAUACUGCAACGCGAUAUACGCUCUCCUGAAGACUUUGUUAGUAAACUCUCCGGUCAUAAAUCCGAGGUCUGUGGGCUAAAGUGGUCAUAUGACAACCGUCAGUUGGCGUCAGGUGGAAACGAUAAUAGGCUUUUUGUUUGGAACCAACAUUCGACUCAGCCAGUACUAAAAUACUGUGAGCAUACAGCAGCUGUAAAAGCAAUAGCUUGGUCUCCUCAUCUUCACGGUCUCCUUGCUUCUGGUGGUGGUACUGCCGAUCGGUGCAUACGAUUCUGGAACACAACCACUAAUUCACACCUGAGCUGUAUGGACACUGGUAGUCAGGUCUGCAAUCUUGUAUGGUCUAAGAAUGUGAAUGAACUCGUGAGCACUCAUGGAUACUCCCAAAACCAAAUAAUAGUAUGGAGAUAUCCAACGAUGUCAAAGGUACAGAAGUUACACCUAGUUCCCCUUCCACUCAUUGAUGAAUGUUCAUCCCGUUCAUUCUUAAAAUGCUUAUUCGACUGAUGCAGUUGGCAACACUCACGGGUCAUACAUACAGAGUCCUCUAUCUUGCCAUUUCACCGGAUGGACAGACAAUCGUUACUGGCGCGGGAGACGAAACACUUCGGUUCUGGAAUGUGUUCCCUUCCCCUAAAUCCCAGAACACCGACAGUGAGAUUGGAGCAUCAUCCUUUGGAAGAACAACUAUUCGGUGACUUCACGUUUCUUACUUUCCACGUGAAGUCAUGUGAAGUGUUUGUAGAGAAGAGGCUAAUUAUUCUGCUGCAGUGACUUCCGGUUUGUCACUAGCAUCCCCCCUGUUUAAUAGAUGUACAGUUUGAUCAUGCUGUCAAUUUUUGUACACCGACAUUAUUGACAGUCCCCAAUGUAUAUCAAGCCAAAGAAUCUCCCCACCAAUUACUGGAUUCUUGGCCGUUUUUGUAUAUAUAUAUAAAAUCAUCAUUCCCACUGCGGAAGCUUUUGAGUCUGCACCUGUCUUCAGAACAACUCGUGGUCGUGGAUACUCUUGAUCACUUGUAGAAACUACUAUACAAAGCUUGAGAGAGUCCAUUAUAUUAUAGUAUCCUAUCAAUUGGGACACACAGUAGAACUUCUUGUUACCUUGUACUCCAACAUGGAGUCAUGAAACCCAAAAAAAAAAAAACCCAGCUACUGGGUGAAAAGAUUGAUCAACAUCCCCCACCCUUUCCGCUACAAUAUUACGGAGGGUCGGGUUGGGUCGACAGAUUCUGAUUCGCACGCGAAUUUCCUUAUUUACAAGUGUGACACACAGACGAAUCAAAUGCAUUGGAGUUUCACCAUGGAAAACAAAGAUUUUCUCUAAAGGGUUGAUGCUAGACGGGGGGCUGAUGCAAGCCCUCCUGGGUCGCUCUCUUGGAAUCCCCAGGUUGUUGAGUUUGAGAAGCAAAGGGAAAGUUUUUAGACCAUGGGAUCAUGCUGAUGGGUGGAAAACAACAGCUGCAGUCUUCUUGGCAUGGCUCUGGCAACCCCCAAUUGCUUGAUGACUGUCCCUUCUCUUCUCCAUCCACCUCCGGGCCUACCUUAGUCCCACCACCCUUCUUUGAAGAAGGUGCUGCAGCAUCCAUGAGCGGGCCCCAGCACUCCACCUUGUUGAAUUCUGGAAUUGUGGAGUGAAAGUAAACCCACACCAGCGCCUCCUGUAAUUCCGGGUGGUGGUUCAACAGAUUCCCAUCUCCAUGAACAAAGGCCUUGAGCACCACGGGUAGUUCUUUGCAGAAGAUGAAAUAUCUGAGCCUAGCAAAGAGAUCAAGUAAGAAAUGGCCACCACUGAUGUGGCAGUGAACAUGGAGUGACAUCUUCCCUUUCACCUUCUUCCACUCGGCCACCACUUCAUCUCUGUACAGCUUGUUGGCCCAUCCUUGAAGCUGGGAGUUGUUUAUGGACUGAGAGAUGGCCAAAGUGAGCUUGGAGGUGAUAUCACUGUGGGUGAGUGUAUACGUCCUGGGCAACUUGCCUGGAUGCUUCUUCUCAUCAACCCCUAAAAACAACACCUUCAGCUUUGAUGCUUCAAAGAUUGAUGGCCCAAACAGCCUAGCCACCUGGGCUGGAAACAGAGAAUCUCUUGUUAUUCAUGCUGCUCUUGAGUUUCCUCCUAGAGGGGAAAAGAGACAUAUCCUUCUGCUCAAACACAGUGGGCUUGAGCUGUGAAGGAAGCCAUGGAGACAGAGUCAAACUACCCAUCUCUGAUCUCUGAUCUCUCUCUUGAUCCUCCAAUUUCUGAGGACUUCCUUCUCUCUCUUCUUCAAGCUUUCCCAAUUAUAGCAGGUCAGAUAAAGAUGGGAACUUGGAAGCUUGACAAACACAAGGGAAGAGUUGUAGUGGGCAGAAAGCUUCAAACUUAGGUGGGUUAUUGCUUUGGGGGCUCCUUCCUCUUUUUCUCUUUUGCUUUGCUUGGAUUCUUGGCAAUUCGGAAGAAAUUGAUGGGUCUUGAGAUUGGGUUUCUUGCAAGUUUGAACAACAGAAAGAAAAAGUACCACAGGGAGGAAUUUUGGGAGAGAUUUAAGCCUG